AUGUUUUUCAUGGACUUAAGGUCAAAUUUAGGGUCACGUCGUUCAUUGCAGCCCCACUACCUUCAUUUGCCUGGCCCGGUCACGACUGCAUCGCAACCUUUCCAUCGCACACGAGAGCUGGCUUUACCGCGCAAACUACAAUUAAGAUCUGCCGCCGCUCGCUUUUAA